AGAAAAAGAAACAAAACCAAAAACUGGUUAUUUAGAAAAGUAAAAUUAAGAAAUAAAAUCAUACAAAUAGAUAAAACAUGUAUAAUAUCACCAAGAAGAAUUAAUGUCAAAGCUAAUGAAAACGAGAACCCCACUAAUACGUGUCUCCCUGUUGGGAGCUCUUCCAUUAGUCUCGGUGCGUCCACGUGUGUGUACUCGAUUAUUAACUUCGUCAUAAGCAGUUGCUUUCUUACUUUACAAUGGAACCAGUUGUCAGAAGAACUACGUCUUUCAAUGUGUUCUGCAGUGAAAAGCUGAAGGCCAACCCACAAGGGGGCUUUCAAGCUGUUGAAUGGGGCAAUCAGUGGAGGCAACUUACAGAUGCCUCCAAAAAACGAGUAUGCAGGUAAAGCGCUGGCUGCAAGGAAUAAAAAGAUUGAUAUAAAAGCAAUCAUCAAAAACAUCCAUUCCAUGUUUUUACUGUUGAAGGAAAAUGAAGAAGAAGUAAAAAAAAGUGGAGUAGAGGGCCUCUGCCUUAUAACGUCAAAGAACUGUAAUAUUCAUUUUACUGAAUUUGGAAAUAUGAAGGGUCUCAGCCAGACCCCACAAAUAUGCAACCUCAUUACGGCAUAUUCAAAUAUGGAAAAUCUGGGACUUGUGAAGCGGGGAAGCAUCCAGGAUUUGAGAGAAAAAGUAAUGGCUAAAAUGUCCAAAAUUGCAAAAGCACAACUUGGUCUGAGCCUAUUCCCUUAUGAAAGGGCCAGAAAGGGGAAAUCAUCAUCCAUGGAAUUCCCCUUCCUUAAUGCCCUUGCAGCCACCUGGAAAGCUGGCCACAAAGGAGCUUCAAAAAAUCCUUGA